AUGCACUCUCUCUCUCUCUUUCUACUCUAUCUCUUUCUACCUGUAUCCGUAUCUCUUCUCUCUGUUUCCAGAUAUACGCAUUCUAUUUCUAACACCACCUCUGGGUGUCUUUAUCCUUAUCGUUUUUUCCUUUCUCUCUAUCUCUAUUCCUCUCUCUCUCUCUCUCUGUCUCUCCUCUUAUCGCUUAAACCUUCUCUCUAUUCUCACCUAUUCUCUCGGUGCUCCCUCUCUCUGUCUACAUAUACUGACAAUCACGUCCUUUUCCUUUCUCUCUCACUCGCUAUCCGUUUUUCGUUCUCACCCUCUUUCUCUCUUCCCACUUCCUUCUAUUUCUGCCUCUAUUCUCUCAGUGCCUCUCUCUCUCUCUCUCUCUGUAUACACUCACAAUUUUCACCCUCUUUCUCUCUAUCUAACCCCCUUCUAUUUCUUCCCCUGUUCACAUCUUUUCUAUCGAUGCCUCUCUCUCUGCAUACACUCAAACCCUUUCUCUCUCUCUUCUUCUCUCACUCUCUAUCUGCCCCCGCCUCUAUAUCUUUUUUCUUUUCAUUCUCACCCUCUUUCUCUCUAUCUACCCCCCUUCUAUUUCUUCCCCUGUUCUCAUCUUUUCUAUCGAUGCCCCUCUCUCUCUGA